UACCUGCCAUGAAGGGGAGCAGCGCCCUCCUGCUAGCGUCCCUCACCUUGCUCUGCACCUGUGGGCUGGCCACAGGGGAGGACAGCGACGAGGUAUUCAUGGCCUUCCUGCAAACGCUGCUGGUGGGGUCUACCGAGGAGCUCUAUGAGGGGCCCCUGAGCAAGUAUGACAUCAAUGAAGAUGCCAAGGCAGCGAUGACUGAGCUCAAGUCCUGCAUAGAUGGCCUGCAGCCCGUGCACAAGGAGGAGCUGGUCAAGCUGCUGGUGCAAGUGCUGGGCAGUCAGGAUGAUGCCUAAUGGACCCCAGACGUGGCUCCAAGCAGCCAUAGGACCAGCUGCGCAGCAGCCAUGACGAUAACACCCUGUGACUUUCCUGUGCAUGAAUUUAUCCUCAAGCCAUCCAAUCAAUAAAGCCUCCUGUAGUUCA